UUUAGGUUUGUCACUCCCUGUUUGUCCUGUGUGAGUCCUGGUUAUUUGUAGUUGAGAGUUUGUUAGUUGUUUGAGUUAAAAUAAAGAGAGUUUAUUCUGCAUAUUUGCUGGAAGAGUCUUGCAUUUGGGUCCACCUGCUGCAAUCCUGACAGCUCCACGCAAACUGAGCCUUCAUGUCAUACUUCCUAUAAGCAGCGCGCUGCGGCUGCAGUGGACUCGCGCGCUCCUGUGUGUUGACAUUCUCUGCAGCAGAGCUGACAGACUAACCGCUAACAACAGUCCCCUGAGAGAGGGACAAACAGCGGGAAGUCGGACCCCGACGGAGACAUGAAGACACCGACCAGACAGAUGAAGUAUGAGUGAACCGGCGGGGAGACCGUAAAGUUCACAGGUGAUCAGGUGUUGUAACAGCAGCAGCAUGCCUCCCCCUCCUCCUCCACCAGGGGGACCCCCUCCUCCCCCCACCUUCAGCCAGGCCAACACCAGCCCCCCCAAGCUGAGCAGAGACGAGGCCAAAGGUCGUGGCGCUCUGCUGACUGACAUCUGCAAAGGCACGCGGCUGAAGAAGGUGGCGGUGGUGAACGACCGCAGCGCGCCGCUGCUCGACAGUAAGAGCCAAACACCAAAGAGCCAAACACCUCCCACAGAUCACCCAUACAUUCGCUUAUACCAAUACCUACACCAGCAACAGGUGCCGCCGUCUGAGGAUCAGCAGAGGACUGCUGCAGAUAAGACAGAGAAGCCUAAAGGAGGCGGAGCUGCAGCCGGGGGAGCCAAUGGCAGCGCAGCAGGAAGUCCUUCAGGUUCUGUUCCACCGACGCUGUUCACCGCCGGAGUCCCCAAACUCAGACCAGUCGCAGACGGUUCCUCUGGACGUUCUCCCUCCACUCGAGCCGCAGCGCCCCGCCCCCCUAGCCAUCGCCAUGACGACACAGAGAGCCCCUCCCCUCAGGCGCUGUCGCCAGUGGAAACGGGCCGCUCUCAGCGCCCCUCUCUUCCCAACCUCUCCCCCUCCUCACCCUCCGGCAGCAUGAAGCACUCCUCCUCCGCCCCCCCUCCCCCUCCUCCUCUUUGUCGCCGUGGGAACGCCCCCUCGCCUCCCUCUUCUGCUUACAACCGAGAGAAACCCCUCCCCCCGACCCCCAACAACACCCCGCCCCUCCCCUCCAAACCGCCACCGUCGCCUGCCAACAGCAGACGCCCCCCCACCUCUGGAGGAAACACAGCCCCCCCCUCUUCCGCCUCCUCCCUGGCCCCGCCGCCCCCACCGUACCGCCUCGCCAAUGGGUCGACCGGCAGCGGCGAGCCGGCGCCCGAGCUGCCGCAGCGCCACAACUCGCUCAGUAACAAGAGGGCUGCCCCCCCACCGGGAGGCCACACCCCCACCAGAGGCCCCGCCCCUCCACCCCCACCCGCCUCCCCCACACCCUCCCAACAGGGCGCCAACAGGCCACCGCCCCCCAUCAGGGACACGCCAAGCAGAGCAGCAGCUCCUCCGGUUCCGGUGCAGCCGUCGGCGGCCGCGUUGAGAUCUGCCGGCAGAGAAGCCCCCCCUCCUCCGUACAGGACACAUGGUAGCCCCUCCCUCUUUUCUGACCCCCCCACCAGAGGGAAGCCUCCUCCCCCACCCACCCGCACCCCUGCUGCUCCUCCCCCGCCCCCCCCUCCUCUCCGCAACGGACACUCCUCCACCACCUCCUCCAUCCCUCGCUCAUUCGCCGAUGAUUUUGAGUCCAAGUAUUCGUUCCAUCCUCUGGACGACUUCCCUCCUCCAGAAGAGUACCGACACUUUGCCAAGAUCUACCCCAGCAAGGCCAACAGAGUGAUGAGAGGAGCUCCUCCACUGCCUCCUGUUGGGAGGUGAAGGGCUGACACACACACACACACACACACACACGCAUAUAGACACACGCAUACACACCCACAGACACCCCCCCCUCCGUUCUGUUUAAUGACAUCAUUCUGCAGCCUCCCUUGCCGCCUCGUUUACGCUCCCAGCUGAUUGUCGGAGGAGAGGAACGUGAUAAAAACUUUGAUCUACAGCUUCUUCUUUUUCUCUGGACAGCAUGAACAACUUUAGAUGUUUGUAGUUCUUUUUUUGCACUUGCACUUUUUGUUUGCGAGACCAACGAGCAAGGCGAAGGAAGGAAGAAAGAACAAAUGCUGCUGGACUUCAGUGAUUCAGUUCUCCUGGAUGGAGGGAUGGACGGAUGGAGGGAUGACAAACUGAAAAUGAAGGAGUGUGUUCCUCUCUUUCUGUGUCACAGCUGCAGAUGAAACCCCCAAACUGUAAAAGUUGCAGGUUCAGAGGAGGCAUCAUUUUACAAGUCUUAAUAUUAUGAGAGUUAAGUUUUACUUUGUUACUAAUUUACAGAAAAACGAGUCGGGACAAAACUAUAACACUAAACUGCAACUCUGUUAUGGAAAUAUUAAGACUUCCUGAUGAACAUAACGGAGGUCAGCUAUUGGUGGGUGGACUGCUGUUCUGAAGCCUUGAGUUUUGGUGUUUUGGCCAUGGCCAUCUUGGUUUUUGGGAGCCAGAAGUGACCGUAUUUGGACAAAAAUGCGGAGCUGGGGAGGAUGACACAGCCAAGCCAGUUAUGGUUGUCAUGGCGCUGUGCUAAGCUAAACGCUAACAAGGGAAAGUUGUUGAUUUUCAACCAUUCUGAAGCGAGGCGUCCAGCGGAGAUUUAAGACAAAAUGUCCAAAAGGUAACUAUGCUGAAAUGAGAAGGUCAAAGGUUAAGAUGUAAACAUGGACAACAGCCACAAACAACUUGAGUCUAUUCUACCUGAACUGAAAUCACUUCCUGUGACGUGGGUGUCGCUUGUAAAUACUUCCCCUGCAUCAUCAGCGCUUUAUUUUGGCAGGACGUGGCCUCAGAGUCUUUAAGUGCCAAGAUGGACGAAACAAAGUCACCUGACUCCUGCUGCUGCUGCUGCAGGCACUCAGCGGGUUGUACCAUGUUGGGUUGGGGGGGGCGGGGGUGGUGGCAAAUCAGUAGGGCUGUGCUCGACUAAAGAAAUUCUUAGUCG